UGGACACUGGCUGCGAGGACUGUGUGCCCCGACGAGCUAUUAAAGCGUGCAGCUCCCCCCUGAGCUAUCAGCCAGCGGGCAAUUAGGGAGCAGGUCUCAGCCCUCUGCCACUGUCAUGCCUCUCUGAGCCUCCUCACCAGCUGGAUCACUGCAUCACAUGGAUAUAGGAGACAUAAGGGAUCAGGGUGCCCUGUGAGCAGAAGAGUUACAUAGCCCGGCAUAUUCCGAGCACAGGAUCUAUCCUCCCUGUGGUAUUUGUCCUGAGGUCACCAACUUUGGAUGCGUCUUUCCCAGCUGGUCUCUUCCAUCAAUUUAGGCUGCUGUAAGUGGGCGCAUUAGAGGACAUGUACGAGAUCCAGGCUGUCGCCGUGCCCUCUGCUUCCCCGUCCAACUCAUCCUCUUCCCCCCACUCCUCAUACUCAUCCUCCCUGGCUGGAGACUCUGAGAUAGACGUGGAGAGCUUGGAGCUGGAGGCAGAUGAGCAGCCGGAGCAGGGCAGGAUGGUUGGGCCGGAGGAAGAGGAGGACGAGGAGGAGGAGGACCAGGACGGGAAUGGGCUCACACACUCCAGAAAGGAUCUCCAGCAAAAAGUGUCUGAUAAAGGCGGAGAACAGAGGAAGCUGAGCAGGACCCCCAAGUGUGCCAGGUGCAGGAACCAUGGUGUGGUCUCCUGUCUGAAGGGCCACAAGCGCUUCUGUCGCUGGCGGGACUGCCAAUGUGCCAACUGCCUGCUGGUGGUGGAGAGGCAGAGAGUCAUGGCAGCACAGGUGGCCCUGAGAAGACAGCAAGCCACAGAGGAUAAGAAAGGUCUUACUGGGAAACACAAUAUCACAGAGAGGAAAACUGUCUACCAGCGACACAUAAGAACCCCCAGCUUGCUGGCUAAGAGUAUACUGGAAGGUUAUCGACCUAUGCCGACCGAUUCUUAUAUGGGGCCCAACUCCUCACUGCCAGCCCCUGUGAGUGACAGGAUGAGGAAGAGACGGGCCUUUGCUGAUAAGGAGCUGGAGAACAUUAUGCUGGAGAGGGAAUAUAAAGAAAGAGAGAUGCUAGAGGCCUCUCAGGCUGCCAACCUUUUCCUGCCCAGCCGCAUGGUACAUGCCACAGAGUACAAUUCCUACAAAGCUGCCUAUGGUAACUCACAGGUUGAUGCCCCCAAGAAAGACUUAUGCAGUUACCUGCCUACUUGUCUUGAUCUCACCAUGCAAUAUUCAGGAUCAGGAAAUGUGGAGCUCAUAUCUUCUAAUGUAAGUGUGGCCACAACUUACAGACAAUAUCCUGUCCCCUCCAGGUUCUUGGUUUGGCCAAAGAAUGGUCCAAUCACUGAUGCUCUUCUCUACCAACAGUGCCUGUUAAAUGCCACAGCUAUGCAGACACUGAAACCUGGGUCAAAUUGGGACUCAAAAUCUAGCCCAAUGAUUGAUUGCCAGCCACUAGAACAGGACCUAGUACCACCCAAAAUGGAAACCCAAAUGAUACAUCCACAACACUUAAAACAGGACACUGGAGAAAGGUCUGCAUUUUCUCCACCAAAGAGGAACUUCUCACAGAUAUCUGGCAAGGACCAUUUGUCUCCACCGGAGAGCCUAAUGAACAAGAUCAGUAAGGAAGCAGCUAAACAGCCCCUGUCUUUAAAGUACAGUCCCUUCCACUCAUUAUUUCAGCAGGCACAUCUUGAGAAGUCAUUGUCAGAGCUUAAAUCCUCUUGUACCAAAGACCCCUAUGAAGAACCCACAACGAAAUUCAGAGAAUGUUCAUCCAAGGAAAACCAGACAUACAAAUUAACUAUUGAUAGGUACAAUAAGGACUUUUUCUUAGGCAAAGAAACAGGAUCAAAACUUUCAGUCAACGAACCCUUACCGUUUUCUGUGGAAUCAAUCCUUAAGAUGCCGUCAACCACAGCGCAGCGUUCCAGUGAGUAACAUUCCUCACACCAGUGGCUACUGGAUUAGCUGCUGGGACCCACUAGAAUUCAUUCAUUAAGCAGGCAUCUGUGGGAUGCACAUGUCCUUUUUAUACAGUGUACAAAUAUAUAUUUGCAUGUUGCUUCUCUUUUGUACAAAUGACAAUAUUUAAAUGUAAAAAGUAUGAUCUGCAUAUGUGAAUUGUAAAGUAUUGGAAUAUGAAACAAUAUAUAAAUAUAUAAAUAUACAGUAUAAAUAAUAAAAUACAAUGGUUAAAUAUU